AUGUACGUGUGUCUGUCAACAAUAAAAGAACACAUUAUCGCGUAUCUCAGAGUUCAUGUGUCCGACUCUGCCACAAACUUGAUGUUGAAUUUCAUUGAAUUUCACAGUGAUAUUCGUCAAUGGGCCGAUAGAAUGGUGUCCUGGAACAAAAAUUCGAUUCUCAUUGCAGAAGAAUGGAUUCGCUCUUUAGCUGCCAAAACAUCCACGAAUACUUUAACAGCAUUGUUGGCUGCAUUUUCUGAGCCAAUGUGUGAACAAAUCAUUCUGAUCACAGAUGGUAUACCAGAUCAAGAACCGUAUUUUAUCCUAUGUACACUAAAAACCCUGGACAAUCUAAAACCGUGCCAUGUUUUCUAUGUGAGUACACCAAAUUCACAAAAUACAAGCGAAGAAGAAACGAUCGUGAAAUUUCUAACCGAUUUAGCAAAAAUUACUUGUGGAUCGUUGACAAUUGUAAAUUUUUCACAAACUGGUUCGUUAAAAAGUCUGGUGCCAGUAGUCACUUAUUAUCCAUCACUUGUCGAUAGUCUGUACAUGAAUAAUCCCAAUGUCAUGUUUUCAAGUGAAAUCCACAAUGGGCAACUAAUAGAUGAUUCUGUCAUACAACUGUCGCCGCCGCCGACGAUACUCUGGAGUAAUACAGAUGUGCCACUUACAGAUAAGCACUAUGAAAUUGCUCAUUCACCUGAAGUUGGAUCGUUACUCAUCGGUCAAGAAGUGUUAGCAAGAAAAGCAACCGAUGGCUAUUAUUAUCGGGGAAAAAUUCUUAAUCAGUUAUCUGCUUAUCGGUUCAUGGUGGAAUUCGAUCCUAAAACAUCUGGUAUCUAUAGAGAACCCAAUUUUCAAGAUACAACAUUAUACGAUAUUAUUCAUUAUCGUGAUGCGUUGAUGCAUGCAAUCAAACGCGGUGACUAUGUUUUAGGUCCGAUAGGCGAUAAUCAAGGAAGAUACAUGCCAGGAGAAGUGCUUGACGGUUUUGAAAAACGUUUAUCAUGUGAAAACGGAGAAGAAAAAUCAUUAGUCAUAUACUUUACUGAUGGAAAAACUGUUAAAAUGAAACGAUCGAACGAUACCAUAUGGAUAUCAUCGUCGCUAUAUGAACGAAUUAAAUUUGAAUUGUCGAUACCACCAAAUGCUCGACAACUUUCAGAAAUUCAUUCUGUUUCUUAUCCAUCAAAGUUGCUCUCUAAUUAUCCAGUACAGCCAUCCAUCAUACCAUUGGCCACAAAUAAUUUGCCACUUUUUGUACCAUCAAUAAAAUCCUAUUCAACUAGUUUAGCACCUAAAAGAAUAAUCCCAAAGGAUGAAUUAAAUCAAAGAGUGGAUCUACAAAUUGAAAAACAUCGGCUAUUGUUGAAUGAAAAUCAACAAGAAAGCAAAACUACUUUUUCUUCGGCAAGUGAUAUCAGUUUUAAUACACGCCAUCCGAAUUGUUGUUUUCAUUCUCAUUGUCCAUCCAAACAUUUUCAUUCUUAUUCAACAUCGCUAGCUUGUUGUUGUACUUCCACAACACCUUCGCCAGCUUGUUGUUGUACUUCCACAACAACAGCAAAAUCUUCGAGAUCCAAAUCUGUUUGCUUUGGUGAACACUCAGUUAAUGGUCGAAAAUAUUCCGUCGAUGAUGCCCAUUUCUGUUCUCAAUCACCAUCAAUAAAAUCAUAUCCAAAAUCAUUAAACUCAUCAACAAAUUUUGUUGAUGGUACUGAACAGCAUGGAUGUCAGAUACCGUUAAUAAAUUUAGUUAAAAAUUCUCCUACACACACGUCGUCAAUUUCAAAACAGCAUUUCAAUAAUAAUGAACCAAAAAGGUCAUCUUACGAAUUUUAUGAAACUAAAACUCCAAUAACAACUGAAUCUAAAACGAUCAAAUCUGCACCGGAAUCAUUUUCUCAUUCUCAUCAUACACAUAUGGCAACUCAAAGAUCAAAUAUGGGACAUAUGAACGAGCGAACUCAACGAGAUAUCAGAGACGAACUUCAAAAACAACAAAUUGAACGUGAAGAAUUUAAAAAACAUCAAGCAAAUGAUGAACAUCGACUAAUCGUAAAUCAUCAACAACAACAAACAGAUAAAGCCGAACAAAUUUUAAAUACAAAAAGAUAUCCGGAACAUCAAGUAAUAUCAAAUGGAUACCAAAGAGCACAAUAUGGUGGUCAAGACCAUUUAUGGUAUAAACAGUCUCAAUAUGAACAAAGAAAUUUCGAUUCACAUCAGCGACAAGCUGCUAAAGAACCAAAAGAUGCCGAAUUACUCCAUCAUCGGCAAACAAAUGAUAUUUCACGCAAUAAAGCCUACCAUAAUUCUGUAUUAGCCAGUGAUUUCGAUCGUUUAUAUAAAAAUGUUCUAAAUAGAAAAUUCCACAAUAAUUAUGUGAGAAAAACAGGAGUAUUACGUGAUAGAGAACAGAAACGAAAUGAUUUUAUCAAAGAUGUUGGAAAAAAACAUAUGACAUGGACAAAUGCUACAAUUUUAACCUAA